CAGUAAUAUCGAUCGAAUUCAACUCUGGUAUUGCUCCCUGUGUGGGUGGUGUACACGGGUAUUUUGUUUGUGUGGGUGUGUGGCACCUGGCAUUGCUGUUCCCGAUGGUACAACCCCCACAAGAGGCUGGAGGCUGCUGUUGGCCGGACGCGAGCUUGUUUCACCUCUCCGUCCGUCGCUCGAUAUUUUUAUCUAUUUUAUUCGACAAUUGCGGCGUUUGUGCACUCGAAGUUAAUUAAACGCAAUUAUCCACUCAUUAAUAUUCUCCCUUCCGUGUUCAACAAAAAUCGCGACGAUGUGGUGGUCAGAGAUUUUAAAUUUUUUUCGUGUUAAUCGUUUUCACUUUUUAAUCUGAAAUCGAAAACCUCUUGGAAGUCUUUGCGUUCAUCAUCGCCGAUUUUUCACCCCCUCAACACCCGGUUUUCCACCGCGAUUGACGUCCUUCGAGACUCGGAUGAUGCGCGAUUCUGCGAAAUUAAAUGAAAAUUGAAAAAUGUGACGAUUAGACGAAUGUGGAGGUGCUAAAAACCGUGGAGAGAUAAAUUAAUUCUCAAGGCCAACAGUUGUCAUCCUCAGGGUCGUACCGGUUGACCUCGACGCUGGGGAAACAGCUGACCGGGCAAUCGACAGUGGCAUUUGAUUAUUCUCAAGGCUCUACCUCCUGAUACUGGUGUUAUCACUGUACCUGGAUAACGUAUGGUUUUAAUCAAUGAAACGUGCUAGUGUGUGAUUGCAACGAUUCACCGGCAGGUUAUUUGAAUUGGAAGUCUAUCUUCCUCGUAUCUCACUACUCCGAGGGGUACGAGUGCUUGCUGCCUCUCUUGCUCCACCAGAAUUACUACUGGAGGGUGGGAAGCUGGUGUGGGCAUAAAUAUUCGAUCAGAGGGAUUCUUUGAGCGUCAAUCGCUCGGUGAAGGAGAAUGAGAUGAGGAAAACUGAUGGAAAGUGCGAGGGAUGAAUUUCAGAUGAGGUCAUCAGGAUCUUUGUCACAUAUUCGGCCCAGUACUUCGAUUUAAUCCUCGGUGAUUUUAUAAAUCAACGAAUUGUGACAGUGAUACCGAGACAACGAGGGGGAGAUUGCACUGAUAAUGAGGACAAAUUGGUGAAUUAGAGGGGGGAAAACUGAGUUACAUAACUGUCAAAUAUGAAACGAAGAAGAACGUGAAAGAAGGCAACCUGGCGAACAAGCGAGAACAGAGGAUGGAGGACUCCUCGCCGAGGAUGAAAACUUAUUUGGAUUGUUGGGAUAAGAACUUUCAGAAUGAAGACAAGUAUUCAGUGGCAAACAGUCAAGCACCGCUGCAGGAUGGUGAGGAUGAGCACCCGGAGCGCGGCACGUGGACGGGAAAAUUUGAUUUUUUAUUGUCCCUCCUGGGGUACAGCGUGGGCCUCGGCAAUGUCUGGCGAUUUCCGUACCUCUGCUACUCGAAUGGCGGCGGUGCCUUUCUCAUUCCAUUCACAAUCAUGCUCAUCAUCGCUGGACUUCCUCUGAUGUUCAUGGAGCUGUCGCUGGGACAAUACGCAAGCCUGGGUCCAGUCGCAGCAUACAAGAGGUUCUCACCCCUCCUCAGGGGUCUGGGGUACGGAAUGGUGCUCGUUAGCUCCAUAGUAAUGCUGUACUACAAUCUCAUCAUCGCAUGGACACUCUACUACAUGUUUGCGUCUGUUGUUGUGCCUGCAGGAGGCAACAGCCUACCCUGGUCGAACUGCGCGCCUGAGUGGAGCCGGGAGGACUGCUUCGAGCCGCUAAAAGCCGAGGAAUGUGCCAGUCUCAACAAUUCUUACUACAAAGGAAAAUGUUUAAAUUCAACCCAACAAGCGGCUAUGAAUCUCUCAGCGGACAUAAUCGCCUCAGCCAUGAGACGUCCCCCCGCCGAAGAAUAUUUCGAGCAUCACGUACUGGGAAUGAGCGAAGGAAUCGAGAUUACCGGAUCUGUCCGUCCAGCGUUGGCAGCCUGUCUGCUCCUCGCUUGGGUCAUCGUGUUCCUGUGCCUCAGCAAGGGGGUCCAGAGCUCGGGGAAAGUCGUUUACUUCACUGCGCUCUUUCCUUACGUCGUUCUGAUCGCUCUCUUCAUCCGUGGAAUCCUCCUCCCCGGUGCCGACGAGGGUAUUCUCUUCUAUCUUACCCCCGACUGGAGGCGUUUAGCCUCAGCGAAAGUCUGGGGUGACGCAGCAGUCCAGAUAUUCUUCGCCCUGAGUCCCGCCUGGGGGGGCCUGAUAACUCUCAGCUCAUACAACAAAUUCGAUAACAACUGCUACAAGGACUCACUCAUCGUAGCUGUGAGUAAUAUUGGCACAUCGUUCUUCGCGGGUCUUGUUAUAUUCUCCGUAAUUGGAUUUCUCGCCCAUGAACUUGGUGUACCCGUUGCUUCGGUUGUCGAUCAGGGAGCUGGAUUGGCGUUUAUUGUUUAUCCCGAGGUUGUGGCGAGAUUACCAGUAGCACCAAUCUGGUCUCUCCUUUUCUUCGUGAUGCUACUGACCCUCGGACUGGAUUCACAGUUUGCACUUAUGGAAACUGUUACAACGGCUAUUCUCGACGGCAUUCCAGCACUCAGGAAUUUCAAAACUUGGGUUGUCCUUGGGGUGUCCAUAUUUGGGUAUGCUGGGGGAAUUAUUUUCACCACUAAUGCUGGAAUGUACUGGCUCCAACUGAUGGACAAAUACGCAGCGAACUGGUCAGUUCUGUUGAUAGCGAUAUGCGAGUGCAUAUUGGUAGCCUGGGUUUAUGGAGCAGAUCGCUUCCUCGAUGACGUCCAGCACAUGAUAGGCCCCCGUGGAAGAUGUUUCAGGUUCUUCUGGACGUGGAUGUGGAAGGUCAUAACGCCCGCUGCACUCUUCUUCAUUCUGUUCUUCAAUUGGGUCGAGUACGAACCGCUAUCCUACGGCACUUACGUCUAUCCAAGAUGGGCGGACGCUGUUGGAUGGCUUGUGGGACUGUUUCCGGUGUUUGUCAUCGUUUUGUUCGCACUCUUUCAGUUGCGGAGACCGAAGAGACGAUCAAACUAUGACGAUGAUGACGAUGAUGAGGAGGAGUCCGAUCCGAGGACUUCCAGGAGUUCGGAACGUGUCAGGCAGAAGAAGAAAACGGAUUCAGUGUGGGCAAGAGCUAGAAUGCUGCUGCAGCCAACUGCCGAGUGGAGGCCAGCUUCCAGGAAUCCCUUGACACCAUCGAGAACGUUGACUCAUACACCACCACCAGGCCAACCCGGUGGCUAUGACUCAGUGAGGGAUACAAUAGUUCUCGUGAACGGCCAACCGAUGAUGUUGCAGCCGUCGAUAUCCUCAGGGACAACGCAGAAGCUUCCUGGUCCGUCGAUCCUCAAGAAUUCCAGUAAAGCUGAUCUUAUAACAUCGCAACAGGUCUGACAUGAUGUGCACUUUUACUCCGAGAAUAAUUGAGAAUAUUUGUCUUUCCAAAAUGACUUAUUAUAUCAAAGAACAAUUUUUUCCUCGAAGACAGGAAUCUGAGGAUGUUAUUGAUUGAUUUAUUUCUGGAAAAUUUCGUUCUAUCUUUCGUUUUUUUUCCUUUUCUUUUGUUGUUAACUCUUUCCUCUUUAUUUCCCAUUAUUCGCCUAUUUAACUUAUAUAUUAUGUAACCGUUGGGACGCGUGCAUGUGGACAAUUAGACGCGUGUCGCGAUUGUGCGGCGUUUUUACAGAAACGUGACGACUGGAUUCGUGCGAUGUCUCGAAAAGUUGCAGGGAAAAAUGUUAAUGAGUGAUUAUAAUAAAAAAGGCGUUCAUAUUCCAUGAGAAGAAAAUUGAAUAUUGCAAAAGAAGACACGUCUGAAAAUAUUUUAUAGAAAUACCUGGUUAAUUCGUUACAACAUUCUAUUGAAUUUCUGCUGAAUUUUCUAUCUAUCAUUUUUAUAUAUAUGAUUGUACUAAUUAAUUUUUGGGCCUAUGUAAUUCUGAACUUCUAUACUGCUAAUUUCAUUAGCACAACGUUGAAGAAAGAUUGAAUCAAAAUUUCGAGCGAAUGCGUCAGUUUUUUUUUGUAAAAUAUUUUCGUUCGUAGAAUUAAGCAAAAACCUUUGCCACAUUCACACAAUGUCCAGGUGUCUUGCUCAUUAGAAGGUAAAUUAGUUAAUAUAGCUUAACAGAUAAGAUAGAUUUUAGCUAAGUGUCUUCAACUGGAAAUGAUAAUCGAUUUUGUGACAGGGAAUUCAAGAUUAUAAAGAUGUCCAACGCAUGGUGUUGAUGCAAUAAUUGAGAUUAAAAAAUUAUUUGGAGGGUAUUCAGGGAAUUUUGGCGGGCCAGAAUUGUGUUUAGAUAAAUGAGAAUUGAUAUAUAAUCAUUAUUUGAAUAAUAUAUCACAAAUAUAAGUGUACGUGAAGUCAAUAAUUGUGGGGAAAAGAUGUUUAAAGAGAGUAAUAUAUUUAAAUAUGGAAGUAUUUAUUUUUUAUGUGAAGCUAUCCAGAGAAAUGAAAGACAUAUUGUACUAAAGUUAUUCGGCUCAUUUACAACGUGUUGCUAGUAAUUAUGAUGUAAUUAUACAGAACGUAUAUUUUACGGUGGAGGUUGAGGGGAUUGCGGAGUGGGGCUGGGUGCAAUGGGAAUCCCAUUGAGGGGAGGUUACACGCAAGUGAAGCCUAUGAAGUUAAGAAAAAUGAGGAUAAAUUUAAGUCGAUGAAUUCGAUGAAACAAAUCAGUAGUGAAGGGAUAAAACCUAACAUUUUUUUUUGUGUCUCGUGGAAUAAAAAAAAUUUCUCCCUAACGAGUGCGACACUUCGUUUCGGAGAUUGAAAAAAUAUUAACUGCCUAUACGCAGAAUGCAGCCUAAAAUCAUCAUCAUUAUGAUUUUUAAUUAAAUUUAGGAUUUCUAAUUUUACAGUUUCCCUGACGCCAAAAAUUACUUUUGACCAAAUUCUUUUUUUUUUAAUAUUUGCACGUGUAUUAUUUUCUCUGAGUGCGUGAAUGCAUCGAUAAGAAAUAAUUGCAAUAUUAUUGCAUGCCUUAAAUGUUCCACAAAAGGGCCGUUCCCCUGCUACGAUUUGUCCCAUUGACAACUGCAAAAUAAUGUGAAUUAAAAUAAUACAAAUAAACCCAAAAUCCCAGAAAUGUUCAAGCAUAUACUCAUAUCUGUAAGCAAGUGUUGAACGAUGAAUAACAUGUGCACGAGAAUUUACCAAAUGUGUAUAUCAGAGCUGAUAAAUAAUAAUUACCUAAUAAUGUUAUUGUUUACAGUGAAUGAGAGUGCAUGUUUUUACGUGUUCUAGAGUAUAAGAAAGUAUAAUAAUGUUCACGAAUUUAUUCGGUGAUUAUAUCAGGACUCGUAGGAUUCGUUGAUUUUAAUUGUUUCAAAAUUGACGAUUAUUUGCAUUGAAAUGGUGAAAAUAUAUUGCCGGUAGGUAAUUCCGGACGUUAGACCUAAUUAACUGUUGCUAUAUGGCUUGAGAUCUUCCAGUGAAAACGAGAAGAGCGUAGAUAAUACGAAAACCAUGUCAAUGAGCUUUAUCGAAUGAGCAAAAUGGAAAAAUCCUAAAUAAUGUGAAUAGAGUUAUGUGAUUAAUAUAGAUAAGUAGGUCUAUAAAUGUCUAGAGUGAACCUGAGGUGCAAUGCCGGAGGAAUUAGGGAUUCAUUAUCGACACUGAAACAAUCGUCAACACGAAUUUCCAAAGAAUUUACAUUAUUUUUGUUAUUAUAAAUUAAUAUGGAAUAUUUUUUGACUGAUAGAUUGCCAAUGAUAGAUCGAUGAGUUCAGAUAUAUGGAGGACAAGAUCACGUGUAAAAAAAAUUAAUAGGUUUUGAUCUGUUAAUGAAUUAAUUGUUUAAUUUUCAAUAGAAUUUGAAGGAUAUUCUACUACAAAAUAAAUACGUUUUCCCAUUGACUUUUUUCACACGUGAUCAAAAUAAAAAAUCAUCAGGUGGUAGAUAUUAAACUUAGGAGCUUGAAAAAAUCCAACUCCUGUGUAUUAGACUCUGAAAAAAAAUCCGUAACAAAAAAUUGUAAGGGAAGAUAUAAAGAACAGUAGAGCGAACAGUACAAAGUGCCCUAGGGGCUAAUUAUAGGUAGAAACGACGAGUUGAGCCAAGGGGGAAUUGCUUUUGUGUAUACAAAAAUCAGAAAAAGUUAUUGUAAACACUGGAUAAAUAUACACCCAGUCGAAUGGAAUUGAUUGUUUCCUGGUCGAGUAUUUGAAAAGUAAAGUUGAGUAAACUAUGGAGAGAAAAGUUGGAUAAAAAAUCUAGUGAGUUGAAAUCGUUCAUAUUGAUGAACAAAUAAGUCUGUGGAUAAUUACUUAACACUGUCAAAUUAUUUGCGUUCCUACCCAACGAUUAUUCGCCUCACUCAUGACUUAUUCUCCAAUUUUUUCCUCCAAGUACCGAAAAUUGAAUGGCGUAUUUUUCUCGAAUAUCAAAAUUAUAAUCAAAACAUAUUACAACUAUUAUACUAUUUGAAAAUAACCAGACAAAUUGAAAUUGUACAAUGGAUUUAUUUCUACGAACAUGCACUACUUGACAAAUCCAAACAGAACGUUAUACAAUCAAAAACACAAUAAUGAAUACAAAACGAAAAAAUACAAGGAAUAAAUUGAACGGAAUGGCUGACAAAAUGUGACAUGUGAAAAAUAAAAAAUAUAAAAA